GUUCUCUAGCAUUUUCCUUUAGUCUUUUUUUUCUCGCCUGCAGUGAAGUUUCCUGCACCCUCUCCCUCCUCCCGGCACAUUUCCUCGCCUCCUCCUUCGGGGAAAGAGGACAGCCCUUUUUGAUCUCACCGUCUAAUCGGUUCACAAGUCAGUGGACGUAACUUUUUAGACAAGGUUGUUGGCGCGCGCGCUGAGCAAGUCGUAUUCGUCCCAACGUGUGCUUGGUUCGUAGAACUCUAGCCUGCUCUUUUAUCUCUCAGACAGAAAACCUGUGCGACCCUCCUGCUAAUUGAGGGGUUGGUAUGUGAAAACAUUUAGUCAGGGCUAAUAAGGUCGGUGUUUAGACACUUACAACAAGUGGCAACGCGGAGAGCCAGUCGGGCGCGUAUGGAUUAUACAUUUGCCGUGAAAGGGGGUUUAUGAACCUGCUAUUCAUUCAUCAAGGUUAAGAGCAAAUCGGCGACAGGUCAGUCUGCGGUUCCAGAGCUGCAUGGCCUCAAUUAUGUGAAGGGAAAUAAAGACUUUUGCAGAAACUAUACCUCUACACGGGUGAACAACUAUUCGGCGUGUCAAACAGUAAGGGGAACGGUGUCAAUUCAUUGUUUUCCCAUACAGGGGCAUAUCUGGAUUCUAUUCAACCAGAAGACAUCAGCUCAAAACAGAAUUCAAAAUGCAUGUGUCAGUGUUUUUCGCCUCUUUGCUGCUCGUCAGCAUUCAUCAAAGCACAAAAGCUCAAGUGGCUUCUUCUAAAUCAUUCAGAUCGCCACAGUUCAGGCGUGAUGACAGCAAUCACCUCACAGACUUGUACCGGAAGGAGGAGAGCCUCAACGUGACGGCCGCCGGCCACCUGCACAGCCCGCGCUACCCCAACGCCUACCCCCGAAACCUGCUGCUCACCUGGCGCCUCUUCUCGCCGCCCAACACGCGCAUCCAGCUGGAGUUCAACAGCCACUUCUGCCUGGAGGAGGCCGAGCACGACGUCUGCAAGUAUGACUAUGUGGAGGUGGAGGACAUCUCGGAGACGAGUCCCAUUAUCCGGGGCCGCUGGUGCGGCACCAAGGCCCCCUCCCACAUCACCUCCAAGACCAACGUCCUCAAGGUCACCUUCAAGUCCGACAACUACUUUGUGGCCAAGCCGGGCUUCAAGCUCCAUUACUCUCUACUGGAUGACUCUCCUCCAAUCACGUCAGAGAAGAACUGGGAGGUGAUCACACACUCCAUGGCAGCUCCGUUGUCCUACGCGUCGCCGGUGACGGAGGGUCCCCUGAGCGCGGCGGAGCUGGACAAGGCCAUCUCCUCCUUCAGCACGGUGGCGGAGAUGCUGCGCUUCCUCAACCCCGAGUCCUGGCAGGAAGACAUGGACAGCCUGUACCGAGAGCCCGGCAGCAGCCACUACAGGCCGCGGGCCUACCACCAGGACCGCAAGAGCAAGAUUGACCUGGACCGUCUGCACGAGGAUGUGAAGUUGUACAGCUGCACGCCGCGUAACUACUCGGUGAACCUGCGGGAGGAGCUGAGGGCCACCAGCGCCGUCUUCUUCCCACGCUGCCUGCUGGUGCAGCGCUGCGGCGGGAACUGCGCCUGCGGCACCGACAACUGGAACUCCUGCACCUGCGCGGCCGGCAAGACCGUCAGCAAGCUGCACGAGGUUCUGAAGUUCUCCCCCAGUCCGGGGUAUAGGAAGCGGUCCCGGGUGCGCUGGGUGCUGGAGGAGAUUCACCUGAUGCACGACGAGCGCUGUGACUGUGUGUGCCACAACAGACCCCCGCGGUGAGGGAGAGAGGGGCGGACAUGUCGAGAGAGAGAGGGAAGAAGAGAAGAAGAGAGAGGCACUCUGGGAAAGGAAGCACACAGCUCUGGGACUUUUAUUAUGUAGCUCUGCAGAUCCUCUCAAUCAACCCUAAAGCCCUCCUUCCUCAUCCAUGCGUGUAUGUGCAUGCAGUGCGAGUAUGAAUGUGUGCGUGUGUGUGUGUGUGUGUGUGUGUGUGUGUGUGUGUGUGUGUGUGUGUGUUUGAUUUACUGAAAAAACGUAUUGUGUGUGUGUGUGUGUGUGUGUGUGUGUGUGUGUGUGUGUGUGUGUGUGUGUGUGUGUGUGUGUGUGUGUGUGUGUGUGUGUGUGUGUGUGU